AAAUAUUAUUAUUAAUUUUAAUCGACGAUUCGAUGAACUUGUAAAUUCUAUUACAAUUCUUGCAUACUGGUUACAUCCCUUAUAUAAAGUAUUGGAUAAAAUUUAUGAAACAGCUGCAUUAAUUUGGAAUGAUUUACAUUAUUCGGAAGAAUCAUGUACACAAUUAUUGGUAGAAAUGCAAAGUUGGAAAAGAAAGGAUGAACCUUACCAUCUUUCUUAUAAUUCUACUCGUGAAACACCAAUUAAAUGGUAG